GUUAAAGGGAACCAAAUAAGAUUACAAACAAUUAUGGCAGGCCCAAUGAGACCUCAAGUUGUGCUAUUUGGAUCUUCUAUAAUUCAGAUGAGUUUUGAUAAUGGUGGUUGGGGUGGUAUUCUAGCUAAUUUGUAUGCUAGAAAGGCAGAUAUAGUGUUGCGGGGAUAUUCAGGUUGGAAUUCAAGACGUGCUUUGGAAGUUCUAGAUGAAGUUUUCCCAAAGUUUGUUAGGGAUGGAGUUCAUUUAUCAGGUGAGGGAAGCCAAGUAGUUUCGAAGGAAAUAUUAAGGGUUGUUAGAGAAGCAGAUUGGAAACCUAGUUUGCAUUGGAUGUCAUUACCAACUGAGUUUGCUCAAGAUUCACCAUACUAUCCUCCAAGUCCAGAUGGAACCACCACUAUAAAUGUCUCCUACAGUAUUCCACGAAGGCAUUUGCAAUGGGAUCUAUAGAAAUUAUAUUUAAGUAUCUGCAUUAUUAUGUGUGGCGUGGUUUGAUUCAUUCAAGCAAUGAUUGGAAUGAAGACUUGCAAUUUAUUUAUUAAGAAUGAUAGAAUUUCAUUUGUGUGGAGCCCUUGGGAAAGGUUGUUGUCUUUCAACGGGUGAAAGUCCCUACU